AUGGCGACGGAUCACAUUGGCCGACUGCCCGCGGAGCUGAAAUGCGCAGUCGUGCGCUAUCUGGUCCUCAAGGAUCGGCAAGCGGUCUCGCUCAUAAACAGGGAUUGGGCCGUCGUCGCGAUGCCCAUUAUGUGGGAGACUUUUACCACGGACCUACUCGUCAAGACUGGCCCGGGCUCACGAAAUGUGCGCGGUUUAGCAUCCCCCUCCUCGAACAUCGUCAAGCAUGUCCGCAGGAUCAACCUUCUGGACCGACCGAACGCGUUCAAGGAAGCAGACCAACUGCCACAAUUGCUGGCCGCUAUCCCUCGCGGCCAACUAACGGGCUUCAAGAGCAGAAGUGGGGUGCCUUUCAGUACGCUCGAGCUCCUACUGCAGAUACACCCGAGACUCGAACAGUUUGACAUCCCUGGUCUUCAGAUGUCGGGGAUAUUACAAUCGGCGUGGACCGGUUCAUCCUUAUCAGGACUCACCCGUAUGGACGUCUCUGUAAACACUCCGACCCCACGAGACUUCCAGGAGCUAUGGGUGCGAUGUCCAAAGCUGACGCACAUUCAUAUGAUGCGGAGCGAAACUGUCACGUCGACGUCAAUCAGCUUGCAAGAAGGUCAUUUCGAGGUCGAUACAACAUCUGCAGUCUCACAAGAUGGAUCAGACACAACGCAGUCGGACAUGGUCAGCCUUCAACUAAGCAGCCUUUAUAUCAGUGCUCUUAUGCUCCCUGCGACUUUUAGCACCAUGUUCCAGCGGAUAGACAUUUUUGCCCUCACCGAGCUCGUCCUUGUUGAUACCGGACGCGUUGCUGAGCUGCUGGAAGCUAUGUGCUUUGAAUUCCAGAAGCGAGAGACCUCUCUGAGGAAGCUGCGACUUCUCCUGAUGAAUGAGGACGCGUCAAAUGACAUUCGCUCCCAGCUAGAGUUGUUUCUACUCUCUUUCCACGGACUGAGCCAGCUACAUUACCAGUGCGACAACUGCGACAAGAUCGACAUUGAUGGCAUCAUCAACCACGGGGAGACACUCACGGACCUACUCGUCGUCAACGGAGGUGUCCACCGACAAGAUGCCACCGAAUGCAUGAGCGCGGAAGAGCUGGGCAAGGUCGCCAUCGCAUGUCCGAAUCUAGAGCAACUAUGCCUCAACCUAUACGAGAUCGAUCCAGAUACUCCAGAAGGUGACUUCCUCGGCCCGAAAACAUCUGUACUUUCAGAAUCGACAGAAUUCGAGAAGGCUUUGGGCGCCAUUGCAAGCAUGAAAGCGCUACGGCUACUACGCUUGACAAACCUGCCGAAUUAUCGCAAAGCCUACCACCGCCAAGGAGAGUUCAUGCGCUUCUUUCGCCGAUCACUUGAGAGCGGAGAGCAGCGCUACGCGUUCCAAGCCCGAGCAGACAGCAUCGUACGAUACAUGGGCGAUCGGGAAUCGAAUAUCAGGCUCCUCGCGUUCUCUCCCAUGGAAUCACUGACAAAAGCUGCCACGGCGGACAAGAACGGCCAUGUCUGGCCCCGCUAUUUCUACUCCUGCGAACGGAUGAAGAGCAGUCGAGGUGCGGAGGUAUCGAUCGCGAGGGCGGUGAGGGACUGGAAGGCGGAGAUGCCGGAGGCUACCAUACUAAACGAGGGAUGA